CAGAUAUCUGACGAUAAUGAACCCUCUACGACCUCGGAUGACCCAUAACACCACAAUGACCAUUCUUAUCUUCAUUUGGAUAGUCUCCGCCGCAGUCGUCAUCCCAACCGCAAUCUACAGCAAGACAUUCAUAAUAGUGGGUCCGGGAGGGCAGAUACUGACUCAAUGCGGCGAGAUGGGCUGGCGGAACUCUGCCCUGAAGGUCAACACGCUCUUCCUCGUCAUCGGCGAGUUCAUCUUCCCUCUCCUCCUCAUGUGCAUUAUUUACUUUCUGAUCGCCAGGCGACUGUGGUUCCGCCAAGUUCCGUGCGAUCAUCUGACGGAGCAACAGGAGGCGAACGCGGAAGCGUCUAAGAGGCGGACAAUACGCAUGCUCAUUAUCGUCGUGGGCUUGUUCGCGGUUUGUUGGGCGCCGUACAACGGAUUCUCGAUAGCCAGGGAUUUCUAUCUCCAAACGCGCCAGGAAUCGUUAUACAAGACCAUUAACACCGUGUUUUACAUGGUUGAAGCCUUAGCCAUGAGCAACAGCAUGUUCAACACGCUAAUUUAUAUCUUCUUCAACGCCAACUUUCGGAAGUGUGUGUUUCAAAUGUUUACGCCUGCGCAUCGGACAUGUUCCUACCAAUCGACUGUCAGGGUGCGGUAUUCCCGCCCAACACAAGCCGCAAAAGCCUCAUCCAACCAUUAUGAUGCGUGCAAUAACAGGCAUGAUACAUCGCAAGAUACCGCCAGAACUUCAUUCUAUCAAAACGAGGUUCGGUAGGGUGAUCAGCAUCGUGUGAAAAGCCUAGAAUUUCAGAUACAAGCCUUAAGACUAUCCUAAUGAAUCAGAUUAGCCAGUGUAUGUUCAUUUUGAUGUUGACUCCGUAAUAUUGUAAAUAAUGAUGUGCAAUUGCAACGCUGAAUCUUCUGAAGCUAAAUUCUUACCUCUCAUGAAAACUCCCUCUUUUAUUUAUUUUUUAUUUGCAUAGAUUUUGUACAAGCAUCUCAAUCAAAUUUUAAUCAUCUAUUGUUGAUUUUUGUUGACCAUGAGCGGUGGGCUUCUAUCAAUACAUUGUAUUCACAAAAUUGCUAAGAAAUUUGUGACGCAAGACUAGUAUCGCGUUGACGUUUCAGUUAUUAUCGAGUUUUGAAAAUGUUUUAUCGUUCUAGUGGGAAUGUCACUGAUUUUACUGAAUUCCUUUUGAUGCUGUAAGACAGAAUAGUAAAAGCACCAUACCUAUACCUAAAAACCUUGUUAUUUGGAAUUACGAAAAAAUUUAAAUGUCAUCCCUUUGAAGACAUCGGGGUGUUUACGUAAAGGGCAACUGGUGCCUGGAGUUUACGAGGGGAAUCAGUCAUCUGAACCUUGACCCCAAACGAACCUUUCGUUUCCGCCAAUAGGCAGUUUCGUUCGUGGUUUCUUGUGUACGGAAGCGACAGCGCUGAUUGGCCGACUCCACGCCGAGGUAUCGUGCCUGGACUGCACGCUAUUUUGGCUGGGUAUCGUUCUACAUUUGACGUUACGGGAGAAUUUCUCGAGAUUGGAAGACCCCCUGCUGAGAUUUUCGGGACGAUCCGUUCCCGUUGCGCUUGCAAAAACCGCCUAAUAUCGAUUCUUAAAAGAAAAAUGAAAAAAAAAAAUACAAUCGAGAUAGGAAAAGAAAGAUAAAUAUCAAUGAACCAAUGGAGGGUUGAUGAAUACUUUUCAAUGAAUGGUUAUAAUAAAUAAGAAAAAUGUUUCGUCAAACCGACUAGAAAUCACAUAACAAGGCUUCCACAAAAUUUAAAGAUUUUGGUGGUGCCGAGAUAAAGCGAAGAAGUCUCCGCGUGGUAAACCAAGAAAUGAGGAUUUCGUGUUUCCUCCUGGCGGGAACUUUUUUUAAGUUGAUACCAAAUUUUGUGAUCUAAUGUUUAUACUGUAUAUGAUUUCCCGAAUGAUAAGCACUUGUUUAUGAGUAUUUAUUUUCUCACACUCGGUAGUAAUCCUAAAAUGUUUGAAGUGUACUUGUUACUUUUUAAUGUCAUUGAAUAUUAUUGAUAAAACUAUUAAAUAUCAUUGAUAAAACAUCUAUCGCAAAAAACACUCAAUCAAUACUCCACAUCGAUAUUAUGCAAAGGGGGUAAAAUUUAUUAUUUCGUAUUUUAUCACAAACUUGUUGAUUUUGUUUCACUUGUUUACUUCGUAAUCUAAUAAUUAUACCCAUGAACAUACAAGAUUUAAAAGUGUUCUUCACGUUGGCUAUAUCGCCGCUACAUUCUGUUUAAAAGCAAUUAUUACACAGAAAAUGACAACUUUAGCAAUUAAUUGAUAAUUGUGGUACUAUUUCUAUGAGAAAGAGAAAUGCAAAAUUUGAUUCAUCCAGCGGGAAAAGCAGCUUUAGUGUGAUUAUUCCCAGUCGCGAAACGGCAAAACAGCGGCUUUCAAAUUUUACAACAUUCAAGUUUUAACUUGUUUCAUACAUCCAGGCAGUCUGUAAUUUCUGUCGAAAUUUCAGCUCUCAAAAAUGAUUUCGAUUUUUAGAAGAUUAUAUAGCUACACCAUCUCCGUAAAAACCUGACUUAGCAAAUCAACUUAUCAUAUACGUACAAUGAUCUCAAAUAGUAUAAUUAUGAUUUCACACCCAUUAUUCUCAAGCUGAAAAUUUUCAACGAUAAGUUUUCCCGCUUUAACUAAGGUAACUUCUUGAAGCCGUAUGUUGUUUUGCCAGAUCACGAUUAGACACAACUAUUCUUAUUACGAAACACUGCUGGUAUGCAUGAAAAAUGUCUUUCUACCAUUAGCAUAACUAACGCAACCAUGGCAACCACCACCACCGGCAUUACUCCUGCUACUUCUACUACUACUAUCACUACUACUAAUACUACUACAACUA